AUGUCGGCCAUCCCACAUCAACCUGCCGAUUAUUCGGCCACUCACGAAGCUGCCGUUGCUGCGGCGGCAGCAGCAGCCGCAGCAGGGGCUGGCUCCUCAUCACAGCAUCCGGCAUCUGGUGCGAGUGGUGCCACCGGCGCUUCGACUCACGUCGCCAGCGCCAACUCUGCGGGCACUUACAGCUCCUCCGCCCUUCCUCUCGCCAUCGCUGCUCAGCAACGCAAGCUGAGCGGUCGAUAUGCGCUCUCCGACUUUGCCGUCGAACGCACCCUGGGAACCGGCAGCUUCGGACGCGUCCACCUCGUGCGUUCGCGUCACAACCACCGAUUCUACGCCAUCAAGGUCCUUCGCAAGGAGCAGGUGGUCAAGAUGAAGCAGGUCGAACACACCAACUCCGAACGCGCCAUUCUGUCCAUCGUACGUCAUCCCUUUCUGGUCAAUCUGUGGGGCACGUUUAAGGAUCCUACCUUCUUGUACAUGGUGAUGGACUAUGUACCGGGAGGAGAGCUUUUCACGCUGCUGCGCAAGUCGCAGCGUUUCCCGCAUCCUGUGGCAAAGUUCUAUGCGGCGGAGGUUGCGUUGGCGAUCGACUAUCUGCACCAGAACAACAUCAUCUACCGCGAUCUUAAGCCCGAGAACAUCUUGCUUUCGGCGGAUGGACAUCUCAAGAUUACGGACUUUGGUUUUGCAAAGUACGUCCCUGAUGUCACGUGGACUCUGUGCGGUACACCGGACUACUUGGCACCGGAGAUCGUAUCGAGCAAGGGGUACAACAAGAGCGUGGAUUGGUGGGCACUGGGUGUGCUGCUGUACGAGAUGUUGGCCGGUCACCCACCGUUCUUCACCGAAGACGGGAACCCGAUCAAGCUGUAUGAGAAGAUCAUCGCUUGCAAGGUACGCUACCCACCGUACUUUGAGACGGGGGUGAAGGAUUUGUUGAAGAACCUCUUGACGGCGGAUUUGAGCAAGCGCUUCGGAAACCUUCAUAGGGGAAGCAAGGAUAUCUUUGGUCACAUGUGGUUUGCAGAGGUCGAUUGGGAUCGGUUAUAUAGGAGGGAGAUUCCGGCACCGUAUCUGCCGACGGUGACGGCGGAUGGCGAUAGCAGUCAGUUCGAGAGGUACCCGGAGAACGAUGUCUGCGAGUACAGUCGGGAUGGUCUACCGGAUGCGUUGGGACAUUUGUUCCCGGAUUUCUAG